CCAAAAAUGUAAACUGUCCACGUUGGGCUGUCGAAGGCAGACGCCGGUUUACAUUUCACAGCUGGAUAUCGAAAAUAGAAAACCCCAGUGGACUGUUCUGAUUCAGAAAGGGUAUAGACGCAAACAUGAAAUGAGACCAAGAUGUAUCACAACUUCAGGAAAGAAAAUGAGAAUUUUCUUAUGUAUUUUUAUUCUUUAUCAAAUAUCAGACUAUGACAGUUAUAAAUGUCAAGCUAAGACAGUAGCGGGGGCAUUUUCUUCAGUAUCUGCUCAGAAAGGAUGGGGGCAGUACGUCACAACGUUUUGUUUUCACGGGAAUGCCUUGAUAAAUUACACCCUGGAGGUUGGAGAGGGGCAGUUAGAGGAGUAUAAACCCCAGUUGUUACUGUUCACAAAACAGGACUUGGAAGAUCUCGAGGAGGAAGACUGUUCAGAAAAAAUCAGCCGAGCCUCAUUUACAUUCGAGUUGAGAAAUACAACAGGAAACCUAAGUGUAACUGCCCCAACCAAUCCACACUUGUAUCAUGUCAUGUAUGGGGACCAGUUAACGUGUCUGGAUACAGACUCAAACGAGGACUCGGAUUCCAGUUCGUUCAAGUUCAGAAUCCAGUUGUUAAAUCCAGACAGUCUGGGAAAUCCAACCGAACACUUUGGAGAUGACGAAACCGGUCUGCUGCGGUUCUAUCAGUUGCUGACCCUGGCAUACUUUGUACUAGGCUGUAUCUUUGCUCCUCGACUCUACGAGACUCUGAGUAAGGGGGGACCCAUGCAGCUUGUGAUCAUACUUCUUACUGUCUCAACUUGUCUACAGGCCACAGGGACCUUUAUCAUGAUGAUACACCUGGCCAGAUAUUCCAAGGAUGGAAUGGGAUCUGCAGCCAUUGAGUUCUUUGCUGAAUUCUUUGAUGUGCUGUCCCAGUUUGCUAUGCUGUACAUGCUCCUGAGCCUCAGUCUCGGCUGGACAUUGGGCACCUCCUAUAGAUUUGCACACCUGCAGAUGGUCAGUCGUAAACCGGCCGCUAAAGUUGUAGGCGUACUGGGAAUAGUUCAGGCUGUAUUGUUUGUGUGGGAGCAGAUUCAAGACAGUGAUCAUAGGAUGUACCACGCACAUCGUAGCUUUGCAGGAAUAGCCCUAGUCAUUUUACGGAUCCUGCUGGCAGCCUUGUUUGCUUGGAAUCUUAAUGUAACUGUGUCUUCAGAGCGCAGUGCUUUAAGACGAGAAUUCUAUAAAUCAUUUACUAAGAGCUGUAUGCUUUGGUUUUUAUGCUAUCCACUUUUAGUUGUCCUAUCCUGGAUAUUCUAUGAAUAUCUUCGUUAUAAGCUUAUCACAAUGGGGGUGGUCUUAUGUCAGUGCUGUGCCGUCGGCAUGUUGUACAAAUUGUUCUUCUCCAGAAGCCUAUACUGGGAAAUAUCUGCACUCUCCAGCACACUCCCACUGAGAAUGGACAGAACUUUAGGACAUAAACUGUACUCCUGACCAAUCUUUUGAUCAUGUACUGUAGUUCUUAUCAAACUGUAUUUUGUCUCCCCUUCAGGGAGGACAUAUUGUUUUUUGUUUUCUCUUGUUUGUUUGUUUGUGUGUGUUGUUUGUUUUUUUUUUUUUGGUCAGAUUUUGUGCUUAAACUUUAUAUGUGUCUGUAUUUAUAUGCAUUAGAUAUAUUUUUGAUCAAGGGCUUUGGGUAGCAUUUUAUUUAAAAUGAAGCUUAAUUAAAUCACUUCACAUUUUUCUCUCAAUCUUUGUGCUUUGUUAUAAAAUUUUAUACCUCAUUAGAUAUGUAUACAGACAAGUUAUAACAAUUAGUUAAGAAGAACAGUCUGCCAAAUGUCAGAUGUAAACUAGCUUGAAAUUUAUUUUGAUACAUUUACAAGUUUAUAUAUUUUCAAUGAUGUGCACAUUUAAAUUUGCAUUAAAAAAGGCAUCGCUUUUCUACAAGAAAGGGUAAAAAAAAUUUUAAUUCAUAGUGUCUGUAAUGUUGCUAGCUGAUAACUUUAUUAAAUACUUGAAUGUAAUUUAAAUUUAAUACUCAAAGUACAUGUACGAAUUAAAUUUUCAAAACAAAUAUCAGAAUAUAUAUUGUAUACUUGCCUGUCCAAUUUGAACAAAACAUGAAUACAUGUAACUGUGUGCAUCCCAAGGAACAUUGUUUGAAAAUUAAUGUAUACCAUGGCCAAACUGAAUUGAUUGUUAAAGACAUUCAUUGCAUACAA